AUGACAGCCUCCCAGACCUUUGAUCAGUUUAUCAUCGAUUGGCUUUCUGCAAUUCAAGAAUCCUCGCCCCCUGAUCUGUCCCCUUCUCCCUGGUGCGCCUCAAAGGACUCCCUCAAGCGCGCUUCAAUCAACCAUCCUGCCAAGCGCCCCUUGUCGCCUCCAAUGACAGAUGGUAAUGGCUCUCCUUCUAAAAGGCCACGGCCGGAUCCGGAUGCGACUCCGCUCGAACCACCAGAAGCGGGAACAGCAGCCCUACAAAAAAAAUCCAUAUCUGUAAUGCGCAUGGACAGGCUUGUCGCUCAUCCCUCGUUCGAUGGGGCCGAGCCACUUCCAGAUGCUCUUGAUCAGAUGCUCGAGGCUAUCAGGGAUGACAGUAUGGGGUCCAAUCUGAUUACCGCUGAAGAUAAGAUUGAGUUUGAGAAACGGGCCAUGGCAGGCGGAGAUCGCGAGUCCCUCUUUCGUAAAGUCCUCCGGUCGAGCCGGGUGGACCACUCUGGAGAGCGACAGGCCCUGGGGAGAUUGCCCCCUAUCGACGCUCUUGUUGAGAUAUGGAGCAAGGCCCAGAAGUGCGAAGACAAGGGCCAUUCUGAAGCAGGCUGGAAUUGCGCCGUGCAUUAUCCGUUGAUGGAGUUGGCGCUCAAGCACUCCAAUAUCACCAGAAACGAGACUGAGGAGCUCUCUGUGGAUGGAGCAGAGAUCUUGGUUGACGUCGUCAAUGCUACGACGGCCCAGAUCUGCGCCGUGGAUGCUCCCAUGACCUUGGCAGCCCAGCACAAGAAAAGAGUCGACUUCUGCUUCCUUGUCGAGCCAAUACCAGGCACUCGCGCAGCGGAUUAUCUAUCUAAGAAGUCACAACUCUCGUCGCAUGGGUCUAUCAACCAUACAGACUUUGCCCCUCUUCGUGCCUGUCCUAUCAGCGUUAGUAUCGAGACAAAGCUAACUGGCGAGGACUGGCAAUCCGCCAUGUCUCAACAGACUGUAUGGCUCUCAGCCCACUGGAACCGCCUUGACCGGCUCACCAACGACUCGCAGCUGGCGCGUGAUGAGCUGUGCUUCCUACCGGCGAUUAUUGUGCAGGGCCAUGACUGGACAUUUUUGGCCGCAACAAGGGGCGAAGUCCUCGACGAAAUAGGCCGCAGACAGACCAUCAUUUGGCACAAGUUGGCUUUUGGGUCGACUGAUGGGCUGAAGGGGAUAUGCCAGAUCAUCAAGGUCCUCCAGCGGCUGGCACAGUGGUCAGAGAGAACAUACUGGCCCUGGUUUAGGAAGUUUGCCCUGAACGAUCUUGACGGAUACAAUCCGGCUUUCCUUAUGCAAUGGCUUCCCGGGUAUAUCCCUAGGUAG